UCCAGAGUAAUCAUUCCUUAUUGCACUGGUUUUGCCGAAUUCUCAAGAAAAUCACUCUUUCCCGGUUCCCUUGUCCUGUUAUAAUUUGGAAAAUCAGAGCUCAGCUGCCGUCUUAGGUGCUCGUACAUUACUUUCACCCGUACAAAAGCAAGGCGUAACUGAUCACCAUGGACGGCAACUUUUCAUACGAUCCAGCGAAAAAUUAUGAUGAGGACACCAUGGCACAGCAAAGAGCUAUAGAGAAAGAGAUUGCUGAGAGUCAGAGCUUGAUAGGCUCAGUUCUGUCCUUCGAUGACAUCGUAGAGGAAUAUGCCAAGGAGGACGCAGUCUACAGACACAAAGUGGAGGUUUGUGGACAUUACCCAGAAGUCCAAGGAUAAACUCUUGGCUCUCGGCUUUCCCCAGUUUACCUUGGAAGACUUCCACGACGUUUUCAUGGACAUUGUGAGCCAGGUGAAGAGCCCCGGCACGGUGGAGAAGCUAAAGGAGACGUUCAACGACCAGGGGCUCUCCGACUACUUUGUCGUCUACCUCAGGCUGCUUGUGUCGGGCGAGCUGCAGGGCAACGAGGGAGAGUACUUACAUUUCAUUGACGGAGAGCGCACCGUGAAGGAGUUUUGUGGCCAGGAGGUGGAGCCAAUGGGCAAGGAGAGCGACCACAUCCACAUCGUGGCGCUGGCCCGGUCGGUGGGCGUGCCGGUGGCCGUGGAGUACAUGGACCGCGAGGGCAACAAGUGCAACCUGCUCAGCUUCAGCCCGGGGGAGGGCGGGGAGGGGGGGCAGGAGGCCCAGCCGUCGCUCUUCCUGUUGUACCGGCCGGGGCACUACGACAUUCUGUACCCCUUGUGAGGUUGUCUCCUUCUCUUCGUCCUCGUUGUUGUUGUCGUUGUUUGUUGUUGUUGUUGUUUGUCCCCUGUGGAUAGUUUAAAAAUUGAGAGAGAUAUGAUGAUGAUGUUGUUGUUGUUGUUGUUUGUCUCCUGUGGGUAGUUUGGAAAUUGAGAGAGAUAUGAUGAUGAUGUUGUUGUUGUUGUUGUUUGUCUCCUGUGGGUAGUUUGGAAAUUGCGAGAAGUAUGAUGAUGAUGAAGAUGAUGUUGUUGUUGUUGUUUGUCUCCUGUGGGCAGGUUUGGAAAUUGCGAGAAGUAUGAUGAUAAUGAUGUUGUUGUUGUUGUUUGUCUCCUGUGGGCAGGUUUGGAAAUUGCGAGAAGUAUGAUGAUGAUUAUGCAGAUGAUAUUGUUGUUGUUGUUGUUGUUGUGAGAAGUAUGGUGAGUUUCUGGUUUUUUGAUUUACUUAACUCAUGUAGGACGUAAUUUUUUUGGGCAGUUGAAACCAUUCGGGUGUAAGCGUAAUUGACUUGUAACCCCGUGGGUCAUUUUGAGGGUAUGAAGAUUAUAUGUUCGGUUUUUUUACAGACCUUGUAGUAAACAUUGUAGCAGCAUGUUAUAUAUAUCAUUGGAAAGAUAAUUGAAUGUCGAUGUACACUGAUGUGCAAUUGAAAGGAAGCAAUAGAAUGGAAUAAAUGAAACAAACUUUAGACCCUGAUCAAAUUACCAAUAAAUGGGUGAUAUGUCAAAAUGUGUUCUUUGUAAGUUACUGAUAUAAUUGUCAUAUAUAUAUAUACGUCUGAGAUGAGUUAAUGUGCUGACUGUUGAUAUAGGUCUCCAUUUUGUUGAUAUAUGUUGAGCGUUUUGUUGACGGAGGGCUGGAGUGGUAGCCCCCCCCUACUUAUUCCCUGUCUCCUGUUCCAAUCUCUUAUGUGGGUUGUUGUUUUUUUUCUUGGAACAGUGUUGUGUUGUGAGCCAGGUUUUGUUGAAGAAUGUUUUUUGUUAAAAACUGAAUGAUGUCUGAUAUGUUAAAGCCCUUCUGUCUAGCCCAGACGGAUAAGCCAAAAGAACAUUCACACAUAUUUUCUGAUUUUGUGAAAUAACUUAAUAAGGCAUUGUAUUUGUUUUCGUCUAUUUUUGUAAUGAUAUUUUUUGGGGUUGAUUAUUAAUUGGUCUAUAAGAAUGUGUUUUGGAUCACAACUGAAUGUGAAUGUAGAA